CACUAAUAGUCGAUGAACUUAAGUGUUGGUCACUUUUGUAACUUUAGUGGCAACUGGGGGGAAUGGAGGAUAACUCUUCUCAGUGUCUUCUGAAUUGGUGCAUUGAACAAACCAAAACGUACCCAUAUAUUAAUAUCACUGAUUUCACAUCAUCAUGGAAAGAUGGUCUGGCGUUUUGUGCCUUAAUUCACAAACAUUUCCCUGAUCUAAUAGAUUUUUCGCACUUGAAGUCUGAAGAUGCUGUAACAAACCUUAAGUUGGCGUUUUUCGUUGCAGAAACAAAAUUGAAUAUACCGGUGCCUACAAGACCACAAGUCAUAGUAUUAGAAGAUGUAGAUGAAAAGAUAAUAUUUGAAUACGUUUCUAAGUUGUAUGGGGCAUUAACAAGAAAUUCAGGUCAAUUAGGUUCAGAUAAGCUUUCAGAUAAAAACUUAUCAUAUUUGUGUGAACAGGAAGAGGGACUUCUUAUAUGUGACCUUUGUGGGGAAACUAUAUUUCGUGUCGAGCAGCUGACUGUUUUCAGUAGGAACUACCAUCGUAGUUGUUUUCGUGACAACCAGUUAACUUAUCUUAAAGAGCGGAAUAAAACACUAAAGGGUUCCAACUGUUCUGAUGGUUCACCGCUGACUAAAUUCCCAGUAGCGGAUCCCUUCCCGAUAAGAUUCAGUCCACAAAAAGAAUUGGACACUGUUAGCAAUGGAAAAAGUCAACCAACAUGCAAACCUCCUUCUAGACCGCCACUUCCUGAUGUUUUAAGUAAUAAUGCGUCUCCUGAACUGAAUAGUGUUUUGAAGAUAAAAGCUAAAAUAUCAGCUGACAUAGAACAGCGUAAAAAUAACUCUAAUUCCAAGCAUCAUAACAUCGUUUCUUAUCCUGCUGCUUUAAAUCCGUUCGAAGAUGACUCUUUGUGUGAUCCCAGCUCUCAGCAUGAAUGUACCUAUAAGCCUUACAAUCCAUUUGAUGACGAUUUAUCAGCCUUAGACUCGGAAGAGAUUAAUAUUUCAGAUUCUGACCACUCAAACGUAUUAAGUAUAUCAAACCCUCCAUCUCUGGUAUCCACGCCUAGUAACCAUAUAAACAAGUACAUGGGACAGAGUAACCAAAAUUUUUCCAUGGAAAAAUUAGUCGCAGAUGAAUCAGUCAAUCUUCGGACUGCUCACUCUUCUAUAUAUGAUUUAUCGAGUUUACUCGCUUAUGGUAGUCUGAAUAAAGCACAGUCCUCUUCACUAAGCAGUGAUACAAAACAGUCCUCAAAAUCUCCUCUUAAUGGAUCAAAUGCAAAGAUAAGUAGGUCAGUUAACACCAAAGGGCCUGCCCCACCUAUUCCUGUUUUAUGCCGACGUGAUGUAAGACGCGAUCAGCAAAGCGACUUCAUUCCAUACACUGAAUUACACAGACAACUAUAUGAUAUAAACAAUGAACUUUCCAAUCUGGAACUAUCUGCUCGCGAAAUUCAAACAAGUAUUAAAGAAAUGUCUGAAAAUAAUGAAAGCGUCAAGAGACUAUUGAAAAAGUGGCUCCAUACCGUUGAAUUAAAGGAUAAUCUUUUCAAAAAGGAAUCAGAGUUACUUCAAAGGCUUCGUUGUCAAGAGCUAGAGGAUCGUCAUGCUGAUUUAGAAUAUGAACUACGAACGCUAAUGGCCAAACAAGACAUUCUAAAGACUAAAGAAGAAAAAGCUCGUGAAGAAGAACUAAUUGCUGACUUAUUGUGUGUGGUUGACAAAAGAGCUGAACUUUCAGAAUCCACUGGGGAUUUCAAACCAAAGCAUCGAGCAAGAUCAUCUAGUCGAAGAACCCUCGAAAGUAAAUUCAAACAUACUGCAAACAGCAUAUGAUACGUCUUAUGUUGUGUAAUAUAUAUUAACAAUACAAAUAAGUGUAUAGCUAAAGCGACGAAAAAAUUAAUUAAAAAAGUAUAAACCACAAAAUUACAGUUAACUAUAGGUAACAAUUUAUUUCCAUCUUUUUUUUGUUUUGAAAGGCAAAUAAUGUUUGACAGUAUUACAAAGACUAGUGCCGUAAUUAUAGUAGAGAUGUGUGCUAGAUUUUAACAUUAUUUUAUAAUGAGAUUCUGAGAUUGUUACUAUUCAAAAGAUGGGUAGCUAUAUAUGCACACAAUUGUAUAUUGCACAAUUUUCGAAUCACAUUUACGAAAUGAUUGUGGAUAAUGAUAAUAAUAAAAAUUACAAUAUUAAGAUGAUACGUCGUUUGUUAACGGUGCCGCUUGUUGCAUUUCUUGAUUUAUAACAACUGAUCCUCUAUCGGUCGUUGAUUGUGGAUUAAAAGAAUCAAUAGACGGGAUACAGCCAGUAUCUGUAUUUUGAUUGGCAGAUGAAGUUGACACGGUUGGUAUGCCAACUAAAGGAAAAUGUAUGCCAUGACAGCAGGUAAUGGGAGCACCGCGAAUAUGCCUAUUUGAACAUGGCAAAAUUGAUUUUAAACAUGUAUUAGUAUUUCCCGCAACUGACGUGUUA